GUGAAGCAGUAUCUAUAUGCACACAGUCUUUGCUUUUUUUCACAAGCAUGGUGAAAACAUCCAUUCACAUUGAUAUAAAGCUCCUCCUACCUGCAAAUUUUAACUACGUCAAUGCUUGCCAUAUGUUUUCAGUUGUACGUUUAUGGUGCAAAAGUGACAUGAUGACCCUGUAUUUAUCAGAUUAAUAAAUUUAAAGCAUGCUGCAGUCAUCGCAAACAUCAAUAAUAAUGGCCUCAGGUCCAGGAAUCGCCCUGUGAAUCAGACAGGUGAAGUAACUAUAGGUCAGGAUAAGAGGCAUGCAGGACUCUCUGGUUCCCUUGACAACUUGCUGGACAUAGGAGAUGCAGACGAUUGUCAUGAUACAGCAACAGAUGAAUCCUCCUCUGGCUCUGAGGAAGACUUGAACAUAGCGAGUAAAAAGCAGAGAGUGUUUGCUAUGAAUCUCGUCAAGCGGGAGAAGAAGAAAGAAAAGGACCAUAGGAAGAAAAUUGACAAAAAUAUAAUUACUAUGGAGGAUUUCCUGGGAAAACAGACUGAGUUCAAGAUGUGGCUGUAUGAAGAGAAAAGCAAGAAUGCAGCAGAACUGUCCUCACCAAAACUGAAGGCUUUCUUCAAGCAGUUUGUCAGGCAUUGGAACAAGAGAAAGCUUGCAGGGAAGUACUACCGGUGUUCCACGCUGCCGGACAGCCCCGCCCCCCUGACCCCCAAGAAGUCCAACUUCCUGUUUGACAGUCAUGUGACAAGGGAAAGCCCCUUGAAGACAUUCAGCGAGGACAUUUCAGAGAAAGCCCCACAGACAUCACCAUUUGUUACAUUCGGAAAAACUCCACCCAAGAUGUUUAAGUCUAAAAAGUUAAACAUCUUCGGCUCAGGAAAAGAUGUUGCAUUGAUCUCCAUCGCUCCUCUUGGAUCACCUCAGGUAGAAAUCAGGAACAAGGAAAACAUUGGCAGUGAGGAACACUACCUUGUGCCACCAAAGAUAGAUGUUAAAUCAACUACCCACACCACAGCCAUUAAGGAAAAAUCAAAAAUGCCACGAGGAGCCACACCGUUUAAGCUCUCUGCCCAGCACUGGUCAGCCACUGUGGAGGUUGACUGUGACCCUGCGGCCUCCCAGAACCAGAGGGGCAACUGGCCUGCCCCGCCCACUGACACAGAAAUCAAGGGAGGUAACUGUGUCACCAGCAGUGACUCUCCUCACAUGCCCCCUCCUCCACCUCCACGAGUGGAGAGUCUCAAGAAAGCCUCAUCAGGUACACAGCUCUCCGCCAACUACUCUGAUCCAUACGACACACUGCCAGACACAAAGACCAGAAUCAGUUCAACCUCAGACUAUCAAGAUCCUCUGGAUUGUGUCAGUGUCAAUGCCAAUUGCCGAACUAUUCCUCAUAAUACGAAAGUUGUGUUGACUUCUCUUUCCUCCCAAAAUGAUGAGCCUGAUUUGAGUCUUUACUCUAAGCCUGUGAUUGAGAAAAGACUCAGUAAGGAAGAGUUGGAGAAUAUGUAUGCCAAACCAGUUAAAAGAUUGAAAAGUGAUUCUUCUAGUGAAAAAACUAAAGAUCACAGUGAACUACUCAAUGAGAUUAUGGAUCAUAUAAACAAUAAAGGUGAAGUUGGUGCUCAGAGUAAAAAACCAGAUCCGGAGUAUGCUACUAUAGAAGAGUGUAGACAGGAAGGGAAACUUCAUGUUGAAUCAAAAGAUGAGGGAGGGAAGAAAAAAGAUUCAUUGUAUAAGAAAGUGAGUCCACCAAAGUUUGCAAAUCUCUCUAGAGUGAAAAAGAGGACAAUAAUGGCUGCUUCAACAGAGAAAAUAUACGAAACCUAUCUCAGUUUUGGUCGCAAAACGAAACUACAGCGAGAUGGGCAGCAGGGACCGAGUGAGGAGUCUGGGUCAGGGUUUUUGCCCCUGAGACAGCGCUGUCACUCCCAGCCGGACAUCUCAAUAGGUGAUAACAUCAAGGUGUUUGAUAUUGAUCUCGACUCAGACCAAGGGACUGGCAAUGAUACUCAGAAAUAUGUUUAUAGUUCAUUUAAACCGUCAGACAUGAGCAGCACACACUCAUUGUGUGGCUCAACGGGUGGCUCUCAAAGACUCCUUAAAGAAAAAGCUAAGAGUUUUGAUGACGGUUUAAGGGACAUGGAAGCCCCUGGGACUCCUGUUAUUCUGGCCACACCUUCAUUUGACUCUCUGUGUAACGUCACGCCACUUAGUCACAACUCUCUUUCUCUAAAAAGCCUGUCUACUGAAAAAUCAGGCUCAUCUGAAAGCUUGUUAUCACAUGAGGCCAUGUCAACCUCAACAACUUCAAGUCUCUCCUAUGGGCCCGAUGAAAAAUCUGGAUCGCUCCAAAGCUUGCAUUCAGAAAAAUCACUGUCACCGGUGAAGGAAGAAGACGAAGCAGAUAAUGAGUGUAACAAACCAGACAAUGGGCCACUUGAUAAGGAGGCAUACAGGACUGGGGUCAUACCUCUAACUCCAGGAAAACUAAGCGCAUUAAAACAUGGCAUUGACUUCAGUAACUAUUUAUUGAAACCAGUUCAUACUAAUGAAGAUGCUGUGAAUAGGAAAGACUUUGACACAAAUAAAGAUAAAGAGACCAAGGAUAAAAAUGAAAGUGUGCAAAUUAAGGAAGCUUUAUCUGGUGUGAAAACAAAAGUUGACUCUUUGAAAGUGAAUAACAGAAAGGAGACUGAAAGGAGACAUACAGUUCAGACUGUUGCUGAGAUUAAAUUUAGCACAGAGACCAAGAAACUGGCAGUAGCUCCGGGCAUUGGUGUAGCAUCACGCAGUAGGAAUACAAGGAAAGAGGCAGUGCUCCCAGGAGGGAAAGGCCGCUGCUUGAGCACGGAGGGUCGGUCAGAGUCAGAGAGCAAACGCAAAUGUGUGGAGGGUCCUGGGGUCAAAAGUGUGUGUCCGGGGAUCAGGGACAGGGGGUACCUGGAGACUGACUUGGAUAGCGUGGGAGAUAGACGGCCGCAUGUGAUCAUGAAGAAGAGCAAGAGUCAUAGUGGGUUUGACACCGGAGCAAGUAACGUAGUCACAGACAUUUGGUAGAAAUGGGAACUAUUAGAAAGAGUCAUAAUAGGUUACAAGUAAUGUUGUCACUGACAUAUGGUAGAAAUACGAACUAUUAGUCAUAAUGGAUUGACAACAGGCUAAUUAAUAUCAUCAGUGACACUGAUAUAGACACUUCGGUUUAACACCAGGCAAGUUUCGACUUCACAUUCAUCUGGAAAUAAACACUAAGAAUGUUAGAAAAAGUCACUGGGAUAACAGUGGGCAACCAACAUCAGGUGGAAACAGUUGAAAGUACUUGUUGGUGCUUCAUGACUUUUAUAUUGUAUAAAUACGCUAUAAAUGUACCAUUUAUAUUAGUAACAGCAUUCUUAUUCAAUGCAUAAUGUGCAAGCUAAACAAAUGCCAUUGUACUACACUGAAGCAAAAGGUGAAAAGUUGAAGUGUUUUUUUUUCCCAUUUUGAUUUUCUUUCAGAUUUGAAUAGUGCUUGAUAUCAAAAGUGUUUUCUUACAUUUUGAUUGGAAAAAUGAUCAUAGUAUAAUUUAAAGGUUAUUAAUAAAGUACAUGUACAUGUAUAUGUACAAAGAAAAAUCUAUGCCAUACAUGUCAUGGUGUUAUAAUGUUAACUAGAUGAAAGUUAGAACAUUAGUGAAAUUGUAAUCAAUAUCUAAUGUAUAAAUCUUUUUAGAUUAAUAGUUGGUUUUUGAGUGUUGUGUAUUCGUUAAUUGUUUAGUUUAGUAUUAUAUUUACCUCAGACUAUGGUUGUCAUUAAAUAUUUGUCAUCUAUCGCA